GACAUUGACAUUCAAAUUUGAGGUUAUAUUAGUACUGUGUAGGUUGUGUGUAGGUGAUGCAAUUUAAAAUUCUGCUCCUGCUCGUGCAUAAAAAGUAAAAGUUUGCAAUUUUUUACAAAAUCAUGGCUGAUGAAAUUAGUAGUGCUAUUCAAAAUGGAGAUGUGGGUCCUCCAAAAACGGCAAAACAAUUGGAAAAGGAAGCUAAAAAGCAAGCCAAAUUAGACAAGUUAAAACAGAAAUUGGAAAAACAACAAAACACUGUUCCCAAAAAAGAUGUUGAGAAAAAGGAUAAGAAGAAAGAAGUAAAGGGAGCUGCAACAUACGACUUAAAUACCCCAGAGGGCAGUAGAAAAGAUACUGAACAAAAUUUGCCAGACUCAUACAGCCCUAAAUAUGUGGAGGCUGUUUGGUACAGUUGGUGGGAGAAACAAGGAUUCUUCAAACCCGAAUAUGGAAGAAAAUCCAUAUCUGAUCCUGCGCAAAAAUUUGUAAUAGUAAUUCCUCCACCGAAUGUUACUGGAUCUUUACAUUUAGGUCAUGCACUGACUAACGCAAUUCAAGAUUCUAUAGUAAGAUGGAGACGUAUGAGUGGUUAUAUGACUUUAUGGAACCCAGGAUGCGACCAUGCUGGUAUCGCAACUCAAGUAGUGGUAGAGAAAAAACUAUGGAAAGAGGAAAAAAAGACUCGACACGAUAUAGGCCGUGAAAAUUUCGUAAACAGAGUGUGGCAAUGGAAAAAUGAAAAGGGUGUUCGGAUUUAUCAUCAAUUGAAAAUGCUUGGCGCUUCUUAUGAUUGGGACAGAGCCGCUUUUACAAUGGACCCAAAAAUGUGUCGUGCCGUAUCGGAGGCGUUUAUCAGGUUACACGAAGAUGGUACAAUUUACCGUUCAAAUAGGCUUGUAAAUUGGUCGUGCACUUUAAAAUCUGCGAUUUCGGAUAUUGAGGUAGACAAGGUGGAAUUGCCUGGUCGUACUUUCUUAUCUGUACCUGGUUACGACGAAAAAGUGGAGUUUGGAGUAUUGGUACAUUUUGCCUACCAAGUGGAGGGUUCUGAUGAAAAACUAGUUGUAGCCACCACUCGCGUGGAAACAAUGCUCGGUGACACAGCUGUGGCCGUACAUCCUAAGGACGAUAGAUAUAAACAUUUACAUGGGAAGUUUGUGAUUCAUCCAUUUUGUGACAGAAAACUUCCUAUUAUAGUAGACGAUUUUGUCGAGCUAGAUUUUGGAACUGGCGUGGUAAAAAUUACACCUGCCCACGAUCCAAAUGAUUAUGAAGUAGGAAAACGUCAUAAUUUACCCUUCAUUACGAUAUUUGAUGAUGCAGGUCUAGUCAUAGGGGACUAUGGAAAAUAUACUGGUAUGAAGAGAUUCCACGUAAGAAAACAAAUUAUUGAAGACCUGAAAGAAAAAAAUCUUUACAUUGAGACCAAAAACAAUCCUAUGGUCGUACCUAUUUGUAACCGUAGCAAAGACGUAGUUGAACCCAUGUUAAAACCUCAGUGGUACGUGAGUUGCGGUGAAAUGGCUGCUCGAGCAAUUGAAGCUGUAGAAACUAAACAGCUGAGAAUUUUACCCGAACAACAUAUCAAAAUAUGGAACCAUUGGAUGGGAGGUAUACGAGAUUGGUGUAUAUCCAGACAGUUAUGGUGGGGACAUAGGAUACCCGCCUAUUUUGUCACAUUAAAGAAUGGAAAACCAGUAUCUGAUGUAGAGGAACAAAAUUGGGUAUCGGCACAAACAGAAUCUGAAGCUCGAAAAAAAGCGGCUCAAAAAUUUAAUCUCAAGCCCGAAGAGUUAAAUUUAUGGCAAGAUGACGAUGUUCUUGAUACGUGGUUUUCAUCGGCCUUGUUUCCUUUUUCAAUAUUUGGUUGGCCCGACGAGACAGAAGAGUUAAAAAUCUUUUACCCUACUUCUCUUUUGGAAACUGGCCACGAUAUCUUAUUCUUUUGGGUGGCGAGAAUGGUAUUUAUGGGCCAAAAAUUACUUGGGAAAUUACCAUUUAAAGAUGUGUAUCUCCAUCCGAUUGUAAGAGAUGCUCAUGGUAGAAAAAUGUCCAAAUCACUCGGUAACGUCAUAGAUCCAAUGGAUGUUAUUAACGGUAUUGUUCUAGAAGAUUUGCAUAAGCAACUACAAGAUGGGAACCUCGAUGCAAGAGAGAUAGAAAAGGCAAAGGCUGGACAGAAACAAGAUUAUCCAGAAGGCAUCCCAGAGUGUGGUACUGACGCUCUGAGAUUUGCCUUGUGUGCUAUGUGUUUUGGACGUGACAUUAAUCUAGAUAUCAAUAGAAUCCAGGGCUACAGGUUCUUCUGUAACAAAAUUUGGAAUGCGACUAAAUUUGCUUUAACAUAUUUUGCAUCCGAUUUUGUCGCUCCAGCUCAUCAAAAUUUGCUUGGAGAUGAAAGUGUAAUGGAUCUGUGGAUGUUAAACAGAGCCGGUUCUGCUGCACAAGAUAUAGUAAACGGUUUUCAGAAUUAUGAUUUCGUGUUAGCUACCACAGCCAUUUACAAUUUUUGGUUGUACGACCUCUGUGAUGUGUAUCUGGAAUACUUGAAGCCUGUUUUUAGCGGUAACGAUGAAAAAGCUAAAACAGUGGCAAUGAUUACACUAUACAGAGCCUUACACAUCGGGUUAAGACUUCUCUCACCUUUUAUGCCUUUUAUUACCGAAGAGUUAUAUCAAAGGUUACCUAGAGCUAAGGAAUUACGAGCGAAAAUUCCUAGUAUUUGUGUAGAAUCGUUCCCGGACUCGAAAGAAAUUAAAUAUAAGAAUGAGACAAUUGAAAAAGAAGUAGACUUUGUUCAAAAGGUUGCAAAAGCUAUUCGAUCAACCAGGAGUGAUUAUAAUUUGCCCAACAAAACGAAAACUGAAGCAUAUUUAAAAUCAAACGAUUCUGCUACCAGUGAAAUCCUUAAAAGAUACGGUUCGGCACUUCAAACAUUAGCGUAUUGUUCAGUUACAGCAGUUAAUGAACAAUCUCCUGAGGGCUGUACCAUUAUAACUGUAUCUGAUAAAUGUGAAGUUCAUUUAUUGUUAAAAGGACUUAUAGAUCCAUCAAAGGAAAUUCAGAAAAUCCAGAAGAAAUUGGAAUUCUUGCAGUCCACUCAAAAGAAACUUGAGCAAGCUAUGAAUGUGUCAGAUUACGUAUCAAAGGUUCCAGCUGAUGUCCAACAAUCCAAUUCCGAAAAAUUAGCACAAACAAAUACCGAACUAGCACGAUUAGAAAUAGCUUUGGAAGCUUUGAAACUUAUGUAAACUAUUCAGAAACUUAUGCAGUUUUUUAUACAUUAUUUUCAAUAAUACGUUUCAGUAGGAUAUUAUUUAUUCUAAUUUAUUUUUUGCUUUUUAUUUAUUUUGUAACAUUUAUAAACGGCAUUUAAAAAUAACUUACACUUUAAGUGGGUGUAGAUAUUUUAUUUAAUUAUUAUUAAGAAUUGAUUGAUCCAAAUUAUAAAACUUAGUUUUUUUUUCUUAAGUUCAUCAAAUGUAAAUAUUUUUUUUAAAUGCUAUUCUUAAAGAUAUUUCUAGAAAUAUAAAUAUCUUUAAAACUCUACCAAGGUAAUGGCCAGACCUAUAUUUGUAGUUUACAACUUGCAGUAUUACAGUGCAAUUUUUUUUCCUUCUGAAACAAUAAAUUUAU